AACACGCCAAAUGAACAAAAACAUCGUAAAACCUCAGAUUCGCGAAUCGAGCUAAAGCUCAGCGGCGCCAUUUUAGCUGUUUAAUGGCAGAGGGAAGAGCCGAUCUAUCUGCUGUGUUUCUAGGACCAGUCCCAAACCGCCUCCAAAAAGCGGCUACCAAGUGUCCCAUGAUGGAGUCUGACAUUUUAAAUAUAGAGGAGAUAGUCAUGGGCCGUGGAUUGCCAGAUCCACCCCCAGAAGAUCCCCCUGAAAAGCCAGUGGAACAGUGCAAAGCCGUCUCUUUGAACGGACCACCGCCAAUUUCUGUUCAGCCCUACCAACAUGAAAAUCUUCAGUGUUUCCAGUGCUUCAUCACGUUCUGCAGUGCCAAAGCUAAAGAAAGACACAUGAAGAAGAGCCACGGGGAAGAAUACAAACAACAGCUGCAGCAGGGCAACACAUUAUUCACUUGUUACGUAUGCGAUCGAUCAUUUUUGUCAUCUGAGGAACUGACCCAGCACCAGCCAACACACAGCAAAGACGACAAACCCUUCAAAUGCGUUCACUGCAAAGAGAGCUUUAAAACAUUCUCGGAACUCACCACACACAGAAGACAUGUGUGUCCAGAGAGACAGUUGGCAUGCAAAGAUUGCAGUGAAACCUUCAGGAGUGUAGCACUGCUGCGCACUCAUCGCCUAACUCAGCAUCCUCGCCCAGAAGGAGAAACGAUGGAACAGCCUGAUGACUCUGACAAAACCCACCGCUGCAAAAAGUGUGGUCAGGGCUUUGAAACGGAGUCAGAGUUGGUGGUUCACCAGGAGAAGUACCCUGAGGGCCAGCAGUGCAACGGCAGCACCUCACCCGCCAAGAAACGUGGACGGCCAUCCAAAACAGAAGAUGCAGCAGGGGCUGACAAAAAAGUAAAGCGGAAAAAAAAGGAGGAAGCGGAAGCAGCUGAGGAAGCAGUGAAAGGCAGCACUGCCGCUGAGCCGGUGCCAGAGCAAGUCGGGGAAAAAGGAAAACAAGGGGGAGCAAAACGUGGCCGUCCUCCUAAACCAGCAUCAAAACCUCCACCAGAAAACGAGAAGAGUCCAGCAGAUGACAUUCAGGCAUCAGAAAAGGACGAGAACACAAAGGCAGCUCCUGCUCCACCCCGUCAGCACCCCUGUCCAGAUUGUGUACUCACAUUCCCUGGAGUGGUUCAGCUCCGAGCUCACAAGAAGGAGAAGCACACUCCCCGGAAGGCCCAUCCGUGCGAAGAGUGUGACGAGAGCUUUGCCCGUUCAGAGCAGCUAGACGCCCACAUGGCGCACGCCCACGCUGCAGGCCGCUUGGCCUGCCCAACCUGCGGCAAGAGCUUUGGCCGUGAGCGCACUUUAAUCACUCACCAGAAAAGCCACCAAGAAGAAAAGCCUGAAAAACAAAUUACUGAAAGAUAACUGAGGCAACAGCAAGUGAAUUGGUUUUGAAAUUUUUAAUAAGGAAUUUUCUUUUAAAUUCAGACUUCAUGCUUAGAUAUCCCCAGGUGACUUUCCACUGGUUUUGAAGAUGCAAUUUUAGCAAGAAUGUUUUUUUAAUUAUAUUAUUUAAGGCCACAGAUUUGAGUUUGGUUGUGGUUUAACAUAUUUUGUAAACACACAUCUAAAUUGACUAACCAAAUGUUGAACACAUAUUACAUAUUCAUAUUUAGUAUAUUUGUAUAAACAGCUUUGAUUAGCUCCUUUUUGCGUUACUUUGUUUUGUGGGGUGUAGGUGUGGAGUGAAAUUUUAGUGUCUUGAGUUAUAACUUGUUUUUGUUUGUUUUUUCUUGAAUAUUUUGGAUAAUCACAUUUUGAAGCAGAUUAGAUGCUUAGCAGAGAUACUGUGGUUAGAAUGUUAAUGAAAUGGUCAUGUACAGCUUGUUCAUGUUGUAUUUUUUUUUUUACACUUGAUACUUUGAUCAUGUUCAUUUCUAAAUUAAGUUUUAUUGAGCAAGAAAACUUUAACAAGUCUGAUUAAAUAGAUUUUUGCUGUGUGGCAGAUUAAAUAAUCUCGUGUCACUUUAUAAAACCCCACCCCAGACCUGGAAUAUCAUGAUUUUGACAUUUUUUAAAUUCAUGCUAUAGUCUUCGUAAAAGGAAUCAAGUGUCAUAGUGGAGUGUUCUCUCCCUGCUGCAACAAAACAAUAAAUGAUGCCCUCUCCUGUAA